UUUCAACAACCUCUUGAAAUCAAGAAGCGCUGUAUCAUCAACAACUGCUUGUGGAGGGACGGUAAGUCAUGUCAGUCAUUGGCUGUUCCCCUGCUCGUUCAAAUCUGCCCCGCUUGACGCUAUUGGGGGAUAGCAGACAAGGCUGAAAUCACCAACCAACACCUCUUUUCCUCCUGCCCCUCCUCAUUUUCGACCUCUCCAUCUCAGCGUUUAUUCACUUUCAGGUUUUUCAUCCAGCUGUAGGCUCUGUGACGAUGCAAGACGUGAUGAGAGCGAUAUGUUGCUGCUUUGUACACAAAGACAAGGAUGAGACAUCCAACGUCAGUCGCAGUCGUAGUGUCGAUGCUGGUUCGCGAGGCUCUACAAAGCCCACGCCAUCGACACCUCCUUCAGCCCGAAUUCCCGAUCCUAUCCUUCCCAGCCAACUCUCCCGAGAAAUCUGGGAUGCCGCGUACGAGAGUCUUGAAGGCGCUGAAGAGAGUGCUGAACUUGUGGAGAGAUACUUAGGCUAUCUGGCUAGAGUUCUCGCACCCGACAACCUGUCUGCCCCUGCCGAUCUUCAUGAUCGAAACAAGAGGCAGGAGUACAUGCAGAGGCUCGUAAAGGAGGGUCAAUCCAAGGUUUCUAGGGCAUCAAAGAUUUGCCAGCGAAUUGGAACGUUCGCAGAUGCCAUUUUGGCAAUCAAACCUAUUGGUGAUGCUGCCGUCACAGGCAUUCCACAAGCUGCGCCUGCUGCCCUUCCUUGGGCUGGCGUUUGUCUUGGGCUGCAGAUGCUUUCAAACCCGGCCAAGGCAGCAAGAUCUAACCUCGAAGGAAUGACAUGUGUGAUUUCCAAGAUGGAAUGGUAUUGCUCUUUCACUGACCACCUGCUGGACCAACAAGGGAAUAAAUCUCUGGACCAGGAGAUGGAACAGCUCCGGCAGAAAGUCAUCAUGCUCUACAAGGCCAUUUUGUCGUAUCAAAUGAAGAGCAUCUGCUCCUAUUUUGAUCAUCAGGGGCGAGCUUUCCUCCACGCCGCCAUGAACUCAAACGAAUGGGAUGAUGCUUUAAGCAAAGUUACCACGGCAGAAGAUGAUCUUCUACACAGGUGGCACAACGUCAACGAUAUCACCGCCCAGAAGCUGUCACAUCAACGGGUUGAGCUCAGCAAAAGCAUGACAGAGCAGCUGGGAGAUAUUCGUCAAUCACUCUGGGACUUUACUACUCAGCAAAGGCAAUUCAAAAGGGAUCAGAAGAAAGACCGAAUGCUGGCUGAUCUUCGAUUCACCAACCCGCAGGACGAUCUGCAACGGAUCAUCAACGAGAAGAAUGAAACACUCAUGGAUGACACCUGGAAUUGGAUUCUAGACGAUCCACGCCUCACUGAAAUUGCUGACUGGGGCGAAUACAAUCCCUCAACACCUCGCAUGUUAUGGAUCAAGGGAACUGGAGGAACGGGCAAGACUAUGCUUUUGAUCGCUCUCAUCCGUUAUUUCUCGCAGCAGUCGGCUGUCUUUUCGCCAUCGCUGUCCUUUUCGUUCUUUCAAAGCAAUACCCGCUUAGACAACAUGGCCGCCAUCAUGAAGUCCCUCAUGUGGAUGCUUCUCAUCCAGCAGCCAGACCUCAUGUCGCAUCUGGAGCAGGAUUACCAGGAUUCCGGAGGUCAGAAUCCCUUUUCAGACGUGAAUUCCUCGGUUGCGUUGGCCCGUGUGUUUGGGAGCAUGAUUAAAGAUGCCAAACCAGUUCUUUUCCUCAUCGAUGCGCUUGAUGAGUGUGACCAGGGGUUGACAGAGCUUAUCCGAGUGAUUGCGAAUUCUGUCACAAAUUCCAACAAAGUCAGAUGGAUCGUUUCCAGUCGCUCCGAUGUCAAGGUUGAUGAGCACUUGAAUCAAUUUGAUGCGCAGCAACGGCCCAGUCAGCAGACAGCAGCUUCCUUGGUGCAAAUUGACAUCCAACACAAGGAAGACCGCUUGAAUAGAUAUAUUCAUCACAAGCUGGAUGAGCUGAAGACCUCUCCAUUUGGAAACGAAUACACUGAAACAAUGUUCACAGAAAUCGAAGAACAAGUUCGCAAGCAAUCCGACAACAACUUUCUCUGGGUGUCUAUUGUUUUCAGCGACUUGAAAGACACACGGCCGGAAUUCGCCUCAAAAAGCAUCCCAGACUUUCCUCCUGGGCUUUCAAAGCUGUAUGACCAUAAGCUUGAGAAGCUGAUGACGAAACAUGAGAAUGAUCCAGAGAGACAACAGCAAUGCAAAGAUAUUUUAAAGGUCAUAUCUCUCAUCUACCAUUUGCCGCUGUCUCUUGCUGAGCUUGACAUGCUGCUACCUUGGUCUAAGAAGACUGACUGUUACAAGUCGGUGCAAGACUGCAAUUCAUUUGUGACGGUGACAGAGAAGAUGAUCUAUGCGAACCAUAAAUCAGCGAUGGACUUUCUCAAGAAUCAGCCAUCGGCCUUGGCCAGCUGCACCAUCCGAGGACACCGGGAUAUCUUUAAUCAUUCCAUCAACAAGAUGCCUACCGUCCUCGAAAGAGAUAUCUAUAAGCUUGGAGACUGGGGAAUCAAAUCCAGUGAAGUAGUCCAACCUGCAAAUGAUCCAUUGCUUGAGAUCAAGUACGGCUGUCUCUUCUGGCUUGACCACCUACACGACGCUGUAGUUCAGGAAAGUGAUCCUGAUGAAGUGACUGAAAUGUGUCAAUCUGCACUGAGGUUUCUUGAAUCGCAUUUUCUGCAUUGGAUUGAGAGUUUGAGUCUUCUUAAACAACUUCCAAGGGCUAUUCCCUCCAUCAACCGGUUAAAAAUGGGGAAAAUAGCAAAUACUGUACUAAGAGACUUUCUAAAUGAAGCCGACAGAUUCAUCGCCAAGUUCCAAUUCAUUAUUGAGCAAGCGCCUCUACAACUCUAUGGUGGCGCUCUGGUUUUCUGUCCCACACAAAGCAUCAUCAAGAAGCUCUUUUGGGGCCAAAGGAUGCCCUGCAUCCAAGACGUCCUGGGCCCAUACAACAGGACUGGAAUCCAAACCAACUGGGAUGCCUACAGACAAGCCCUUCCACGCUGUAGCUGGCAACCUAAAAACGUGUCUUUUGCACCGGAUGGCCGAAUGUUUGCGUCUACUGCAGAGAAGUCUAUCCGGCUGUGGACCAUCAACCCUCUCACGGCCACUGCCACAUUCAGCCAGUCUUUAAGUCUUCCUUUUUCUGAGGUCACGUGCUUGUCUUUUUCACCUGAUAGUAAAUUGCUUGCCUCUGGGCUUAUCUCUGGCAAUAUCCUGCUCUGGUCUAUAGAUUCUGCGAUGGGGGCAGGCGCAUUAGUACAAACCAUUGCAGCUAACACAGAGUGGGUUUGGUCGGUUGCUUUCUCUCAUGAUAGCUCAAUUCUUGCAUCUGUCUCUAGAGAAAAAAUACACCUUUGGGCCAUCACUUCAACCAGCGCCACAUGCACAUGUGUCCUAAUAAGAAGCUGGAUGUCAUUUCGCUCCAUUGCGUUCUCGCCAAAUAGCAGGUUCUUGGUUGCAGGUACAGAUGAUAGGAGUGUCUGCCUCUGGGGUGUCGAUUUAAAGAGAGGCACCGGUAUUUUCAUCAAGACUUUCGAAACGAUGGGAAGACUCGUUCGUGAUUUGGCCUUUUCACGAAAUGGAGGAUUUCUGGCUGCCGCUGCGGACUCUCUGAUUCUCUGGAAAAUCAAUCCGUCAACUGCUGCUGUCAUCUCGGAGACAGUACUCGGGAGAGCCUAUUCUGUAGCCUUCUCCCCUGAUGACAAAUUAUUGGCAUGCGGUUCAGAGAAUGGGAACAUCAUCAUCAUCUCCAAUUUUAGAUCCGGGGCUAUGAAUGCGAAGAAUCAAAGGACAUUUCAAGGACCCGGUUAUCCCGUGUCGUCUCUCUCCUUCUCUCCAGACGGCAAGAUGUUGGCAUCUGCUUUCCUUCUAGGACCAACCCUUCUCUGGGCCCUGGAAGAUGCGAAUUCCCCAAAUUUGACUGGAACUUUGGAGACGCCAGAGCUGGACUCUAAUGCGAAGCCGCCAAUUGAUGCCCUUGCCUUUUCUUCCAACGGCACGAAACUAGUCACUUGUCACCGUGGCAAUUCCGUCCGCAUCUGGACUGUCGAUACCAGAAUCAGCCUGUGGAAGGAGUUCCAGCUGGACGGGGAGCAUGCACAACCCAACCUUGAAUUCUUUGUCAAAGUUGCCUUUUCUUCCACUGCUAAAAUGCUUUCCCUCUCCACCGUGAAUGGCCAGCUUUUCGUUUGGGACAUCGAUUCCCUCCCAGAGAGCAGUCGCAACCCACAACCCUUUCACAUGCUUAAGCGGGAUUUGCGGUUCACUGAAUUGGCCUUUUCCCCCGACGGGAAAAUUCUGGCUACGGCCACCAAACAAGGGCCGGUCCUACUAUGGGAUAUUGACUUGGAGAUGAAGACUCUGAAUUUCAAUCGGACAGUCUUCUCUUACACAAUGCAAAUCUACCAUCUGGCAAUUUCUCCGGAUUGCAGAUUCCUCGCAUGUCAAGCAUGGGACAAUUGGAUCGAAGUCUGGAAACUGGAUGAGGCAGACGGGAUUCCCACUCGCUAUCAAACUCACGAAUCUUUCGAUAUGGACGCGAAGCUAGAAUUCUCGGCAGACGGCAGGUCCAUCAAGGCCGGGUCAGAAGUCAUCAGUCUUAACUCUGAAACGGACCCUCUCCUGGCCGAGGGCUGGAGCGAUUUAGAGCAUGAUAAUGACGGGUGGGUCUCCCGAGGUGGAAGAAAUUUCCUGUGGUGUCCAGAGGAUUUCCUGGUUCGUUAUGCAGCCUCACAUCAGAAUGGGUUAGCACUUGUCCAAUAUCGUGGUCAGAUCACCUAUAUUUCCUUUGACUUUGCUUAGGUCACCAUGACAGAUGGAUGUGCAGAUAUCAAAGUUCUACUAGGUAUGAUGUGUAGUAGGAGUUGAUAUUGUCCAAGAAUGAAAUCCAU